UUCUAAUUUUACCAUUUGGCCAACUCUUCUUCUUCUCUUGUAAAUUCCAAUUCAAACUCCAACAUUACCGCUUGAGGAAGCUUCAUGGGUUUCACCUGCAAAUUGGAACCGAAGAUCGUCACCGGAGAUGGCGGAUAUGUUCUCGAAGAUGUUCCUCACUUGUGUGAUUACAUCCCCGAUCUCCCUACUUAUCACAAUCCAUUGCAAGACAAUCCUGCAUACUCGGUUGUUAAGCAAUACUUUGUUAACGUGGACGAUACUGUUAAACAGAAGGUUGUAGUUCACAAGGAUGAUCCAAGAGGAACACAUUUUCGACGUGCUGGACCACGUCAAAAGGUGUAUUUUGAGUCCGAUGAAGUGCAUGCUUGUAUAGUAACAUGUGGUGGUCUUUGCCCUGGGCUUAAUACAGUGAUUAGGGAAAUAGUGUGUGGCCUUUACCACAUGUAUGGUGUCAACAAAGUACUUGGGAUAGAGGGAGGAUACAGUGGCUUCUACUCUCGAAAUACUGUUCCUUUAACACCAAAAUUUGUCAAUGACAUACAUAAACGUGGUGGCACUAUCCUUGGAACAUCACGAGGAGGCCAUGAUACAUCAAAGAUUGUGGACAGCAUUCAGGACCGUGGCAUUAAUCAGGUGUAUAUAAUUGGAGGAGAUGGGACUCAAAGGGGGGCAGCUGUUAUUUUUGAGGAAAUUAAAAGGCGUGGUCUCAAAGUUGCAGUUGCUGGAAUCCCAAAGACAAUUGAUAAUGACAUAGCGGUUAUUGACAAGUCCUUUGGUUUUGACACUGCGGUUGAAGAAGCUCAGCGUGCCAUUAAUGCGGCACAUGUUGAAGCUGAAAGUAUUGAGAAUGGUGUAGGUGUUGUGAAGUUGAUGGGUCGCUAUAGUGGGUUCAUUGCAAUGUAUGCGACUCUUGCCAGCCGAGAUGUAGACUGUUGCUUGAUACCAGAAUCACCAUUUUAUCUUAAAGGACCAGGUGGGCUUUUUGAAUAUAUGGAGAAACAUCUUAAAGAAUAUGGACACAUGGUUAUCGUGAUAGCUGAAGGCGCUGGACAAGAUCUUGUUUCUGAAACCAUACAUUCCCAGCAGGAUGCUUCAGGAAACAAGUUACUCCAAGAUGUUGGUUUGUGGAUAUCUCAGAAUAUCAAGGAUCAUUUCAAAAAAAGACAAAAGAUGCCCAUCAAUCUCAAAUAUAUAGAUCCUACAUAUAUGAUCCGUGCCAUUCCUAGCAAUGCAUCCGACAAUGUCUACUGCACACUGCUUGCUCAUAGUGCCAUCCAUGGCGCAAUGGCUGGGUACACAGGCUUUACAGUUGGACCCGUCAAUGGCAGACAUGCUUACAUACCCUUCCAUCGUGUGACGGAGACACAGAACAAGGUUGUGAUAACUGACAGGAUGUGGGCAAGAUUGUUGGCGUCAACGAACCAGCCUAGCUUCUUGGGUGCAACAGAUGUUGGGGAAGCCAAGAAAGAGGAAGAACCACCAACACAACUCUUGGAAGGUGAAAACCAUGCGGAGGGAGAUGAGAAGUUGAAGAGCAACGAAAACCAUCUGUAGGGACUAGGGACCGGUGACCAUUUUUGUGGGGCUGCUUUUGUUUUUCUUCAGGAAGCUGUUCAAUUCAUCUGCUAUGCUCCCAUUGAUUUUUGGUGGGAUUGUGAGUAUGUUUUAUCAAUCUUGCUUUGUAACAUUAAAAGAGAUC